AUGACGCAUGGUGUCGUGGAGCUCGACAAGACCACGCGCCAGAUGCCUCUUCCGAAGCCCAUCCCUCGGUGCUGCGGAUAUGCUCAGGAUGUGAUGAAGGCCAGCUUGGAAUCUGCCACCGUGAUUGGCCCACAGAGUGUUGGCUUCUUGAAUGCCUUGGGGUACACCAUCGACUACCAAAACGCCAACCAGCCACUGUUCGUUUCGGUGCCUUGUGAUGGAUGCGAUGCGGAGCCACAGCUCUUCAAGCCCAACAUGUUGGUCAAGGAUCGGGGAGGCAAGACGAUCGCGAACGUCAAGGGAGUUGGCAAGAAGAGCUCCCUUUUGGCCGUGUCGGAAGGCGUCGAAGGAUCAGGCUUGGACUCCGUCUCUGCUCGACCGGCAGGAAGGCCGUGCACGCGCGACGAGGAUUGCAGCGGUGUUUGCGUGACCAGCAUGGUGGGGUUCCUUGAGGCGAAGGGUUACAAUCUCUACGAUGAAGGCAUCAGAGGUUUCGCAUCGAAAGUGUGCAAGCCGAAGCAUCAUGACUUCGACAUCGUCCUAGAUCCCGUCAAUUCCAGGCCGGACUAUGAUUACAUUUAUGAGGAGGCGCGUCAGAAGUGGCUGAGCAUCAUUCGCGGCAUCGCCAGACCGAUCAGAUACGACGUGAAUCCAGUGAACCUGGUCAUUGAAACCGCCUGGUUCGUCGCCUCCAGCGACAUCAUAGCUUAUAGCGGGCCCACCGAAGCACACUUCGUGGACUCGGCGGAUGGCAGCUAUUGGAUACCGAAGAAGGGCAUCCUGCAAUUCAACCUGGACUUCCUUUUGAACGACCGGAUGUCUUUGAAGCAGUUCAAGGCAUAUGUCUUGCAGCAGAUGGGGAAGGUGCUUCUCAUUGGCCUAUGGGAUCUCUUGACCACGAGCGCUCAAUGUAUGGAACCCGACCGCUUCACGGAUGCCUACCUAGAUGGCGGAGGCAAAGCCGCUAUGGCGCACUAUAUCCUCUCCCAGCAAUGGAGCAAGGAACCCAAGAGGCCGCUGCGUUUGUAUCGGACUACGGAUCUGAUAGACGACGACGAUUGCACCGGGUGGGAUGAAUGGACCCUCGAGAACGAACUCAUGACACCCUGGGUGGAUCGGAGCGACACCCCCUUGAGCCUCAUCACUGCUGGAAGCCUGGAAGACUACGGCUUCACCAUUGACUACAAGAAUUGUGAUGUUUGGCCCAAUCGAAAGGGCAUGAUCUUUUACAGACUCUUUCCAUCUGGUAACUUUGAAUUCGAGGGGUCAGCGAAUGUCUCCUCAGACUCUUCAGCAUCUGAUCAGAAGAAGUACGUCAUUCAUCGACCAGAGCUGAAGUUGACGCAAGGUUCGAAGGUCAUCGCCACGGUGCCUCGUGAUGCUAAGCCCUCUGACCUGCGUGCCGCUAAGAAGGACCUGCAAGCCUUCAUGAACCAAGCUCAUCCUUUACCUCCUGCGUAA